AUGCAAGUCGCUAUUGGUAUUGUCCUAAACGGCCUUAUAGGCUUAGCUGCGGCUAGCUAUAGCAGCAGCGAAUUUGAUUGGACGACCAUCAGCCCGUCCACGGAUCUUGAGUAUCACGACUGCUUUGAUGACUUCAAGUGCGCCCGUCUGAUUGCUCCAUUAGACUACAAGAACGAUACCGACCCGCGCACUGUCGUUAUUGCUAUGAUCAAGUUGCCGGCUGUGGUACCAGACGACGAUCCGGCGUUUGCAGGCUCCAUCUUCACUAACCCAGGCGGGCCCGGAGGAGCAGGCGUUGGCUUCAUGGUUAGGGCUGGGAAGGGCCUGCGAAAUGUCCUCGAUAAGCCUGGCCGUCGCCACUACGAGAUCUUGUCGUUUGAUCCUCGUGGCGUUGGCAACAGCUGGCCUCGCGCCAACUGCUUUGUGCGCGACACGCUCGCUCGUAACGCCAUCCUUUUAGAGCUGCGAGGUCACGGUCCCCUCAACAGCGGGGGCGGCAGCGCCGUGCCGUACGUACUUGCGCUUCAAAAGGCUAUUGGUCGCCGGUGCCAGGACGCAGAAGAGAGCAAUAUCAAUGGUGGUCAAAUCAUGGCUUAUAUGGGCACUCCCAACGUCGCCCGCGACAUGGUCCAGAUGGUGGAUAAGAUUGCGGAGCUUCGGGCCCGCGAUGCCAGUGCUAGAAAAUACCUAAGCUACAAUGGCAACGAUCAAGAGGACAGGCUAAAGCUAAAACGAAGAAAAGCGAGCCAAGUAGAUUACGGUGUUCCUCGGCUGCAGUACAUCGGCUACUCCUAUGGUACAGUUCUUGGAAACUACUUUGCGUCCUUAUUCCCCGGCCGUGUUGGACGAAUUGUUCUCGACGGUGUUGUUGAUGUAAACGAUUACUCUUCAGGACCUGGCUGGAUAACCAACCUUGUAGAUACCGACGAAAUUGCCGACCGCUUUUUUAGUGGUUGUCACGAAGCUGGUCCUAAAAUCUGCGCCCUCGCCCGCGAAAAUGAUGAAUCAUCUUCCUCAGUGAAAAGCCGCUUUUACUUAUGGCUGUCUGAGCUAGAUAAAAAACCAAUUUCUGCAAUCAGUCCUACAGGUACUAUUGUUGUUGUUAGCAGCCAAGACAUUCGCGAGCUGCUCGGGUCGGCACUCUAUAAACCGCGGCGUUCAUUCAUAACCUUUGCAAAGGCACUCAACAAUGCCAUGGCUGGAGAUACUGCCGCCAUCGUUCGCAGCCUCUUUCGACGUCAUCUUCCUCAACCAAAGGACGUUUGCGCUAUCCACAAUAGCACUGGCCCAGGCUCAGAAGAAUACUUGCCAGAAGGUGCAGCUAGCGUGCUUUGUGCUGAUGGUGAUAAUGUAUUGGGAUACGAUGCAGCCUGGUGGAAGAGAUAUGUUGACUACCAGGUUAACACGUCAUCAAUCUUCGGCGCCUACUGGUCUAAUAUUCGAAUAGCCUGCAACUCAUGGAACUUCCAUCCUAACUGGGUUUUCAAGGGACCUUUCACCACACCCUCAGCAAAGUAUUUGGCGUUUGGAGAGCCCGUUUCAGGCCACCCUGCUGCCCCUAUCCUCUUCGUAUCCAACCGCCUCGACCCUGUGACUCCUCUCAUUGCUGCCCGUGCCAUGGCCGCCCAGCACCCCGGAGCCGGCCUCGUUGUCACCGAGGCGCUCGGGCACGGAACGAUGGGUACCGGCGAUAGUGCCUGUCUACAUAGUUAUAUCGCUGAUUAUUUUGACACUGGAGUUGUGCCGUCCGGUGAAGCUCUUUGCAAACCUGAUUGCGAUCCCUGGAAUAAGGAAUGCGAUACGGCUGAACUUGAGACUACACCCCAGAAUGGCCAAGGCUAUAGCUGGGACUAUACAUUAAGUGCAAGGAUAUAA